AGCUUCGCAGCUGCUUACUCGCAGUGUUGUUUCCGCGUGAUUUGCUUAAGCAUUUCGUUUAAGAAUGCCCCUGUGUUCAAGGCUGCAACCCACACGCCGGGCAGGUUCAUAUAGCUCCUUACGUUCUGUCGUCUUCACUGAAGGCAACGGACGGGAACUUUACCAAGCUGUCUGGGGACACAAACUUCACCUAGUUAUGAUCUCUGAUCAAUCCACAGUUUUUGUUGAGAUGGCCGAUGAACUGAAGAAGCGUUUUGGUUGCUUUGCGGAAGGAAUGGUGGUUACGGUAUGCCCAAUGCUUGUCGUAAUUGCAAUCGACAAGGUUGACCUAAAAGUGUAUGGACACCACGCUUUCUCCGCCAUGCUCACCAUGGCAGCUAUCACUUUGAUACUCGGUAUCUGCCCCUUCAUCAUCUGCUGGUUCUCCGGGCCAUCCAUCAGGCCCGUCCUGGUAACCGCGAUCCUGGCAACCCUUUCCUCUUGUUCCCUCCUCAUCCUCACCUGUUUCAUUGCCCAGCUCGUUGUCCCCGAAAUCACUUUAAUUAUCUUGGGCGUCGUAUUUGGAUUCCUCGUCCUGCUUCGUGCGGUCUUGUACUACCAUCGAGGAAAUUUUGUAGAGUGUCAACAUGACAAGAUACUCAAUGAGUCACAUGAGUUCUUGACGGGUGUCACCGGAGUUCUCUUUCUGGGCCUGGAAGGUUUGGCACUGGAAGGUCAUGACGAUCCGAUGUUUGAAAAGGGCGGGCCCGUGGCGAUUGCAAGCUUCAUACUUUGCGCUACUGGCGUGUGCAUGAUGUAUCUCGAGAUGACUCCCCCUAUUGAUUUCACAGCAGGACAUAUUGUGCGUUUAACUGUGACGCUAGACAGCUUCAUGGCCGGUGGUAUUUUCACACUGUUGAUGGUUAUCAUGUUUAAGCUCAUGAGGGUUCCAGCCCUGCUGCUCUUGUUACCGCCGUUGGUAAUCAUCCUCGAACUUGUCUACCGGGUGCACAUCAUACACCCCGCAGCUGUCCAAAUGUCCGUGCCGGCUUCGCUGGAACUGACAAAGGUCACCUUCACCGGGUUCUUGGCUGUGUCAAUAACAGUCAUCCGCAACACUUCGCCCAGCAAGUUGACCGGCUGUUUCCUACUAUUCGCUGCAGCAGCUAUUGUGUUUGGGCUCUCAUGGAGGCUUCUGUCGCAGAAAAACAUAAGGCAGUCUUUCACGGGUACUGUUUCACGUGAGUAUUUUGAUGCUUCUGUCAAUUUGGCUUCCUUGGGCACACACGUCUGCAUAGUAAUUGCUACAGUACUAUUACUAGCAAUGGCCUGGACAGCGAGAGGAAAGCCGUGCUAUGAAAUGAAACCAUGUACUGCUUGAUAUUAUUUUUCUACACAACUUUUUAAUUGCACCUGCGCUCCCAUAUAUAUGUAACGGGUAUGUACUAUCUGUAAUUUAAUUCAAUUAUUCCUACAGAUUCAUACA